AUGGUGAACGAGCACAGUACGCUUAUUAUGGACCGAACAGAGUUGGCGCCUCACAGUCGCUUGACGACGAUCGAGUGAUCAGGUGCUCAUUGCGACAGCUCGUCUUGUCCAACGUCGAACUUCGUUUGGAACAACUGCAGAUUCUUUGUCAGACUCACAACUUGCAAGGCUACUCUCUUCGGCGAUCAAGGGCUAGAGAACUGUUUUUGCGCAUUCUAUUGUCUUCAUGCACUGAGAGUUGUCGAGCAUGUGAGAAUGGCUACAUCUUCAAGCGAAACACAGCCAAUGACAUUCUGGUCCCCAGACGGCAUUGCGUACCCCGCCACACGGUCUACCGGCACAGAACAUUGGAGUCGUGUCAAGCAGAACUGAGCAAGAAGAUUUGUGAACGAGGGGAAAGGUCAUUGACAGAGAAUGCGACUCAGAACAGACGACGAGCGGCGACCAACAAUGACAGCCGCGCUGACGACGACGACACACGGCUUCGCCGAACCCCUCAAGCUUCGCAGGCUGAGCGGUCCUCGCUCUAUACUCCUGCGUCCGCCCGGCUCCAAGCUGAGAUCCGUGCCGAAUGGAAGCAGUCCUUCAGAGAUGCCAAUUUUCGAGUUUUCUGCUGCUUGGUUUGCUCUGAGAGGGUCUUCGGGCACGAGGCACAGUGGGUCGCGGAGAGCGUUCUCAAGUGCAGAGAUCGCGGCAUCCUGGAAGUGCUCGCAGAUGUUCAUUUGCGCUCUCUGACAUGCGGCCUACAACAUAUGAUUUCGAGGAAUGGCGUGCUGCAAUCAUUGAUCCGCGUGGUCUACAUUGGCGGAACGACCUAG